UAUUUUGUUCCAUAGUAGAGUUUACGAAAUUUAAUUAAGUGGUAGAUUAUGAACGAUAUGUAAAUAGAACUGGACAAUCCAAAGUAAUUACUUCAUUCACACCCAUUAUCCUCGCGCACACUCUUUUUUUAACUAUUGAUUACACUUUGUUUAUGUUGUAAUUAAUCAUUCAAGAUUAGUUACUUCGCCAAGCCACCACAAAAAGUCUUCGACGAAUUCAUUAAAACCAAAUAACUCCGAGACAUCAAAACCGACUCCGCAUUUAACUGGUCCAUCUCUAGCGUCACCAACUAGGUUCACCACGAAAUUAACACUGGCACCGUUUCAGCAUUAUUUUAAACACAAAAUUUUUCACACACCAGCGUGCACCAGUGUUGUGAUAAUGUCGGACUCGUGAAGGCCUAAACAUGAAGAUCGUUUAUCAAAACGUGAUAUGGCUGCUUUCCUUCGCCGCUUACACUUACAUGUCUUUAGCCGAAGACGAGAAGCCUGCCGUCGACAUCGUUGCAUUCUUCCACGAAGAGGACAACCAGGCUAAACUGGCUUUCGAGACCGCUGUUUCCAAUUUCGACAUCAUGGAUAGCCCUGUUGAGUACGUUCCGCGGAUCGAGGUCACUUCGGAGUCCGACAGUUUGGAGCAUUACAACACCUUUUGCAAUCUGGUUAAAGCGGGAAAAGUGGGCAGCAUCAUCUCGCCUACUUCGCCUAAAGUAGCCCCUAUAAUAGAGUCGCUUUGCGUGAAUUUGGAAAUACCUGUGUUACAAGUUCACUGGCGUGCGUCCCCUUUGAUGAAUAACAGCAUGACUAUUAAUUUUUACCCAGACCAGAAGCUGCUUUCGCAAGGAAUUGGGGUUGUUGUUAGAAAUUUGCAGUGGAGAAGCGUCGUGAUUUUCUACGAAGGCACAGAAAAUUUGAUCCGGAUUCAAGAGAUUUUAAAAAUCCAAAACUAUGACGCUAGUAGCAAAAGCAACUCUGUUAUUCUGAAACAACUUGGACCCGGUCCUGAUUACAGGUCUGCGUUAAAGCAAAUCCAAAAUAAGACGGAAUAUAGGAUUGUUUUGGAUUGUAAAACUGAAAAUGUUCUCAAUAUUUUGCACCAAGCGAAAGAACUGAAUCUCCUGGACAAAAAAUAUAGCUACUUUAUAACCACUCUGGAUGCCCACACUCUGAAUUUCUCUGUACUAAACACAGAGGCCAACAUAACAACUGUACGAAUCAUAAAUCCGGAAAAUAGCGUUUUCCAGAAUAUCGUAACUAGGUGGAAAAUGCGUGCCAAUGUGGAUUUAGACGCGUAUUCAGUCAAGACCGAGACUGCUCUAAUGUACGACGCCGUAAGUACCUUCAUGAACUCCUUCCGAAACAACUACGUUACAACACCCAUCGAAACCGAGGUCUUAAAUUGUAACGAAAACAUCAAGCAAUGGAAACACGGUCUCCAGCUUGCCACCUUCAUGAAAGCGUACGACUCCCGAAACAUGCUCAGUAUGACGGCCCCCAUUGAGUUCAACUCAUAUGGAAAAAGGACGAACUUUACCCUUCAUGUUAUCGAGGGUAAUCGUGAGAAAGUGACGGCUGUGUGGCAUCCGAGUAACGGGGACUAUCUGCAUUUCUUGCAGAGCGCGGAAGACAGAAAUAAGGAGAUGGAAGAGAGGUGGAGCAACGGGACGGUGGUGGUUGCUUCUAUUCUAGGUCCGCCGUACUUGAUGCUGGCACCGAAACACGAAAUUUUGCAAGGGAAUGCUAGGUACCAAGGGUUUUCGAUGGAUCUUAUUGCGGAGCUUGCCAGGAGACUGAAGAUUAAGUUUGAGUUUGAAGUACUAGCGAGUGGGGCGCGUGGGGUGUACAACAAGGAGACAAAAUCGUGGAAUGGUUUGAUUCUCGAAGUUCUGGAACGCCGCGCUGAAUUAGCCAUCUGCGAUUUAACUAUAACUCCUGAGCGUAGAGAAGUGGUCGAUUUCAGCGCCCCCUUCAUGCGUCUAGGUAUUAGUAUUUUAUACAAGAAAGCCGAACCCAAAGAGGCAAAUAUGUAUGCUUUCCUCGAUCCAUUAUCUAUAGAUUUGUGGAUCUACUCGGCCACACUUUACUUAGCGAUAACAGUGGUACUGUUUUUCAUCUCAAGAGUCUCUCCAGCAGACUGGGAAAAUCCUCACCCUUGCGAUCAAGAACCCGAGGAACUCGAAAACAUAUGGAACAUGAAAAAUUGUCUUUGGUUAACUUUAGGUUCCAUUAUGAACCAAGGUUGUGACAUUCUACCCAAAGGACUCGCGUCACGAAUGACGGCAGCCAUGUGGUGGUUCUUUACCAUCAUCGUCACAAACUCUUACAUGGCAAACUUAGCGGCUUUUCUAACAAAUGAGAGAAGUCAAGGUUCGAUCAACAGCGCUGAAGACUUAUCCAAACAAACUAAAGUCAAGUACGGGACCAUGGAAGGAGGAUCAACCCAAGGUUUCUUCAGGGAAUCAAACUAUUCGACUUUUGAAAGAAUGUGGACCCAAAUGGAGCAAGCGAGACCGUCGGUUUUUGAAAAAAGUAACGAUCUUGGGGUCGCUAGGGUGCAGAAUGCCAAAAAUAGAGGGUACGCGUUCUUGAUGGAAUCUGCAACCUUGGAGUACCAAAUUUAUACAAAGUGCGACUUAAUACAAGUGGGAGGUACGCUCGACAGUAAAAGUUACGGGAUUGCCAUGCCCUUGGAUUAUCCUCACAGGAGUCGCAUUAAUGAAGCUCUUUUACAAAUGGGGGAGUCUGGAUUUAUCAAUAAAAUUAAAGACAAGUGGUGGAAGGAAGAACGGGACGAACCCCUUUGUACGGCUGGUGCAGAAGAAGGCCCUUCUAAUAAACUAGCUCUCCAGAAUGUCGGUGGUGUGUUUCUGGUUCUGGCAGUGGGAGUGGCGUUGGCUUAUAUCGUGGCAAUCUGCGAAUUCCUGUGGAACGUGAGAAACGUUUCCGUGGAGGAACACAUUUCGUUUAUGGAAGCCCUGAAGAUCGAGCUAAAGUUUGCUCUAAAUUUUAAGGUGACCAAAAAAAGGGUCAAACCGCAAGUGUCGGAAUCGUCGUCUGACUCCGGCGAGUCCAGGAGUAUGGCACGCAGUAUUAUACACGGCGCUGGAUCUUUUCUACAUCUGGAUAUAUUAGGACGACACGAUACCCCCGGCGGUUCAAGCCGACACACUUCUAGACAUAGCUCCAGACCCCUAGAUUAAUUUUUUUAAUAUUUCUGUGAUAGAAUAGUGUAACUUCCAUUCAUAUUUAUCUCUGUUGUGACUUCUCCCUCGAUUUUUCAAAUAAAUUUAAUUUCGCAUUUA